AUGGCUGCCGAGGAGCUGUCGGAGGCUGGAAUGGCCGACAUCAUUCGUGCCUUGGAGGUCAUCCACAGCCCGACGUCUACCAAUGAGCUCCGCAAAGAGGCUUUGUCCUUUGUCGAGGCGUUGAAAGACAAUGAGGCGGCAGCCCGCAAUGGCUUUCUAUUGGCAUCGCGCGCGGAUCAUGCUGCUGUGGUGCGGUACUUUGGUCUGACCCUGCUAGACCACGUCUUGCGCCAUUUGUCCUUCACCAAUCCCGAGGAAUCCACAAACCUCCGAUCGAUGAUCCUUCAGCUCGCCGAGAAUAUUCGACCCGAGGACCCGAGCUAUUUCCGAAACAAGAUCCCCCAGCUGUGGUCGGAAGCUGCUAAAAAGAGCUGGGGUUUGGAUUGGGUGGAUAUGGACGAAGCGCUUGUCAAGUUCUGGGGCGUGUCUCUAGUACAUAACGAGCUGGUGCUUUCCGUGCUGGAGACCUUGUCGGAAGAUGUCUUCUUCCGCGAGGAUACAGUGUCCUCGUUGCGCGGCUCUGAGCUCAAUCGUGCGCUCGUCGAGAUCUUUACACCUGCCGCGAUUGUCGAGCAGAUCAAUCCCGAUAAGAACACCAAUGCUGUGCUGCGGUGUGGGCAGGAGGGCUGGCUAGUCCGGAUCUGCGAGUUUUUGGACAACUGCGUUCAAAACGCCUCUACGUCGAGUGAAGCACGCGAUGCAGCCGUCAAGGCUCUAACGACAUUGAGAUCUGCACUCUCUUGGUCAGUUUACAAAGCUGUGAUCGCCGGACAGGUCGUCGCUAGUGUUUUCAGGGCCUUGACCUGCCAAGAUGACCAAGUUUUGCUGGCCGCGGUUGAGGCAUUGCAUUCACUCUACGGGCGGAAUAACAUGGGAAAUGAUGAGUCGCACGGCCUAGUCUGUCUGAUCUUUGAAAGCGAGUAUCUCGGCACUCUUCAGAAUCUUUACCAGUGGUCCAUUGUCGGUCCUGAGGAUGCCGAUGAGCCGAAGUACUUGAUUUCUAAGAAGCUCUCAGAGAUGAUCUCCUAUAUCGCUGGUUGCCUGGAAGACGAAAGGUUCCUCCGAGACACCAUGCACCGGCUGGAUCUCCCGCCAUUCUUCAACUUUAUGUUGAACAUCAUGCAGCACCAAAGUCUGACUGUAUCUAUCCCUUGUCUUCACCUGUGGUCCAGGCUCCUGGGUGUUCAAAAAAUUGGCACUUCAGAAUUCGUAGUGAACCAGACCCCGACUUUUCUCACCAUCUGUACCCAGCGUUUAAUACGCUGGGAGUCCCUUUCAACAGAAUCAGAGGAUCCAACGAUCCAGUUCCUCGUGGAGGAUAUCGACACAGUUCCAGAACGUCACGCAUUCCUUGGUAAUUAUCGUCGAUACUGCUCGUCAAUUAUUGAGACCAUUACCCAAAAGCGUGCUCAAGAGGCGGUGCGCGAGAUUCUUGGACGAGUUGAUGAGAACUUGGACAAUCUGUACAGUGGUGCUGAGCCAUUCCAAAUGCAUAAUUACAGCAAAUCAUCGAUCCCGCUUAUGCGCGCGGAUGCUCAAUUUGCUGUUGUUGAAGCAGUCAUCAAAGGCUUUAAUAAGUGGAUUGAAGCUCAUGGGAAGGCACCUCAGCAAGAUGAGCAAGAGAGAAAAGAGUUGGAGUUUGCAGUGGAGAGCUGGGCGUCCAAGCUGAUGCAAAGGAACUUCGAGGAUCCAAUGAUAAAGCAGAAAGUCAUCAAAUUAGUGGUUGACAUCUCUUCCAAAGCACUGGAUAACCAUCCUGCAUAUGCACUCAAGGUCCUUGAGCACAUUCUCAUGACACGCCUCCCGGACCAGCCCGAGUACCCAGUUUACGCUGAAGCUGUUAAGGAGCUCCAUGGACUGGCCAGUCACGAACUCCGUCGCCUCGCAAUCCGCUAUGCCGACUACUUCUCCACUUUCUACGAUCUUCUCGAGCCGAAGAUCCGCGAAAUCACAUUAGCCAACCGUGUGGACGAUAAACUCCAGAUGGAGCUAACGUCCAUUCUGCUGAUCAUCAUGCAACGCGCCAGCAACCUUGAUCCCAAUGUCCGCCAUAGCCGGCUGGCCGGGUUCCUCGCCCCUAUUCGAGAGUCAUGGCAGGACGAGGAGUUCCGCCGUAUGAGUUCAUCCUUCGAAGGCUUUUGCGCCAUGCUUGGACUAGAGAAUGUGGGAUCAUACAUGCAAGCCAAGCAGGCACACAAACUCGAAGACUGGUCCUCUGUCGUCUUGGACAAUGAAGGAAAGCUUGUCCAGGAAGAGAUGACUCGCAAAUUCCAGAUGCUACCGUUGCGUGGCACCAAAACCAUGCUUGCUGUCUCAACGGACAAGCUGAAGAGAACAUCGCCUGCAUAUCAAGUUGCCUGUGAUAUGUGGCAAGAUCUAACCCCGCAGAUUCUUCCAACCUUGGUCCAGCUCCUCACUCAUGCUCAUGCCUUCCAUAACCCUGUCAAUUGGGCUGUGAGCGACGACAUGCGAGCAGUGGUUGAACGCAUUUUGACCGAUCGAUUCUGGCAAGCCGGUAUUUCCAGCGGUAGUCGCGAUGACUUCUACGCCAAGAUCACAGCAUCCAAAUCGACUCUCGAGGGGUUCGCGUCCUCUGUUCGUGGCAAAAUUCGCGCCGUUCGUGAAUCAGGUUAUUCGAUGCUUUUCAGUAUGAGCCGAAUGCGCCAUCAGUUCUACGGAUUCGCUGAGCUGCCAGGGCCGUUGUCCGAGGCGCUUUUCAAGGAUGCGGAGCAUCUAUCCUCCCACCAAUUCUCGGUCUUGCUCAAUAUCUCGCGCUGCCUGAUUGACGAUUGUCCUGUUCAGUACCGACCACAAUUCUUGCCCCCAAUGCUUGCUACUCUUUUCCGCAGCAUCGACCGCAAGAUCACAACCGAGUGGGAACUGAUUGAGCAGCGGAAGAGUGGAGGAUUGGAUGGCGACCUCACUGACGAGAUGAAGUCGGAAAGUGUUCUCCGUCAACUGACGUACGCUGCGGUCAUUAUGGUUGCCAGCCUGUUCGACCCACAGAGAGGAGGUAAGUUCCAUAACACUAUCACUGUCGCACACCCGCUUUACAAUGGUGUAUAUAUUGGAGCAAGCCCUUAUCCUGAUCGAGCAGAGGCAGACCCUGGUGCGCCGCAGCCGACCCCUGAGCUCUCCGACUCAAUCCGUCACUUUGUUCUAUCCUCGCCCGAAAUCUUCGAACCUGUCAUGCUUUUCUGCACUCAUGCUCUUCGGAUGCGCGAUACGCGUUGCUGUAGCAUUAUUACCCGCGUGGUUCGAUCCAUCUUGGCUGACUUCGCACCUCCAAACAACAGCCAAACAAUCGUGACCAUCCGCGAAUUUAUCUGCACAGACGUUUUGCAGGCUUGUAUUACCUCCGUUCAUGAGUCUUAUUUCGUCGAUAUGCAGAAGGAUCUGGCGCAGCUCAUUGCGUCCAUCUGGGUUCUUUACGGCUUUUGCAGCGAGACGCCGCGAGCCGUAUUCGUCUCCCUGCCGGGUAUUCACCCAGAGAAGGUUGCCCAGACAGAAGCUGCGCUCCAGCGAUGCACUUCCCCCCGCCAGCAACGAGCACUAGUUCUCGAGCUUCUUGAACCCCUCCGAGGUGUGAGCAUCGCUGAGCAAGGCAAAAUCCUUGGCUCAAGGGAGGAGCGCCGCAAGGCGAGAACAGCGAUCCAAAACCGGUACAUGACAAACGAGAUGGAGACACAGCAAGAGAGCAAUCGUGUGGACAUCAAUGAUGGUCCGGACCUCUCUGGUGUUGCCGAUAUGUUUGGUUAG